AUGGAUGUGGUGACUACUAGCUUAGAAGCUCUAAUACAGAGAGUUACAAAUCCACAAAAUCAGAAGCCAGACGUAGCAGCGAUUGAAGCAUUUUGUGUGAUGCUUACCAAAGAAGCAGAGGGUAUACAAAUAGGUAUCAAGUUAUUAGCAAUACAAAUUCAAUCACUUAAUGAAUCAGAAGCACUGCAAGCGCUUUCGUUAUUAGAUACUUGUAUGAAGAGAUGUGGCCCAUUAUUUCAUGCGGAAGUUGGUAAAUUUCGUUUCCUUAAUGAGAUGAUAAAAUUGGUUUCGCCAAAAUAUUUAGGUAAUCGCACUACAGCGAGUGUACGGCAAAAGGUUCUGCAACUUCUUUAUGCAUGGAUCAAAGAAUAUCCUCGCGAAUCAAAAAUUAAGGAGGCUUAUGAAAUGUUGAAGAAGCAAGGAGUCAUCGAGGAAGAUGCUGCAUUUAUAAUGACAAACAAUGAAGAAAGUAAAAAAUCGUCUAAGAUAAAAAAUAAUAUAUUCGAAAAUGAAGAAAUGUCAAAGCAUUUGCGUAGAUUACUUCAUAGUAAGGAUCCUUCUGAUUUGCAAUCUGCAAACCGAUUGAUUAAAUUUAUGGUGAAAGAGGAUGAAGAACGACUGCAGUUAAACUCGCGAAGAGGCAUGGAAUUAGAAUCUGUGCAAAACAAUGUAAUGCUACUGUCAGAAAUGCUAGAUUCGUAUAAUCAGAAUGAAACUAGUACAGAGGAUCUUGAAUUAAUGAAAGAGUUGUAUCAAGCAUGCGAGCGAUUGAAACCUAUUUUGUUGAGACUCGCCAGCGAAACUCAGGGCAAUGUCGAAAUGCUUGGUAAUGUACUAGCUGCGAGUGAUGAAUUGAAUCAAGUUUUUGAGAAGUAUACGUCUAUUAUCGUUCUGGGGCAAUUCCCCAAAUCUACGACAGAGGCUUCUAAGCCAACUUACAAUGAACCAUCUCUUCUGGAUUUAUCGUCUCCCACUGAUAUGAUUUCCUGUAAGAACAAUUUAAGCAUGAUGCAGAGCACAUCGUCGACGGAUCAUCGCUCAGAUAUGGAUGUGCUCGGAGAUAUCUUUAAUGUACUAGAAAAACCAAUGAAGUCUGAAACAAAUUUUUUAAUGCCAAACGCUAUAAUGCAACCAAUUAGUAUCUCGCCCAUGAAUAAGAAAAGCGAAAUUACCAACACUGACGAAGAAAAAAUAGACAGUAAAGCAAAAGCAUUGGAAGAAUUGAACGAAUUGGGCGAAACUUUACUUAAACAAAGUUUAUCGGGUACAGUGUCAACUACACGCUUGUCACAAGGCAAAACAAAUAAUAACGUGACAAAAAUUCAAAACAUCUAUGAUCCCAGUAGAAAAAAUUCGUCCCAUAAUUCUAAUAAUAUGUCGCAACAUAUUGCAACAGAGCAACCAAAUACGAGGAAAUGUGAAAGAAAUAGUAAUUUAGACAUUUUUGCAUCUUCAAAUUCGUCAAAAAUUAAUGUUGAUUUGUGCAAGAAAAAUAGUAAUUCAGAAAUAAUGGAUGCAAAAAUACAGUCGCAGGAAAUGACGCAAUUGCAGAACGGUAUGUCAAGGAUAGCAAAUAUUGAGCCUGAAAUCAAACCAUUGACUGAUAUCACUGUCUGCCUUGAAGAUAUUAAACCAGGGACAAAUCCACCUCUAACAGUAAUUGAGGAAAGAAAUGGCGUAAGUGUGGUGCUUCAUUUUGCUCAGGAUAGCCCUAGAUCAGAUGUAUCUGUAAUAGUAAUUACUACAAUGAGUAAAAACGCAAAGCCACUUAGUAAUUAUUUAUUUCAAGCGGUUGUGUCUAAAAAAUGCAAAUGUAGACUGCAGGCACCUUCUGGAACAAAGCUGCCACCGCAUAAUCCAUUCCUCCCUCCAUCCGCAAUCACACAGAUUAUGCUGAUUGCGAAUCCUCUCAAGGAGCCUGUAUCUUUGAAGUGUAUGUUAAGCUACACAAUGGACGAUGAAACAGUUACAGAAAUGGGUGAAGUGGACACGUUACCUAAUCUGUGAGAUUCAGUGAUUCUCUGUUGUAAACUCCAUACAAUGCUACACUCAUACUUGUCGUGUGUGCCCUCAGUAGGUUGAAAAUGAUAUAAUAAUGUUUCAAUUAUUCUAAAAUACAAGCAAUUAUAAAAUUGUUCGACAUUUUUUGCGCUACUAUAAACUUAGAUUAUCUGCAGUUAAAUCUUUUCAUAUUCUUAAUAAUUUUUCUCAUUUUAAUUUUUCCUUGAACGUCUAGUCUUACAGCUACUGUACAUAGUAUGUGGAAAUACUUGAUGUGUUACUACCGUAUAGUAAGCGUUUCCAUAUCUUGUGUAUAGAAGUCCUACUGUAAUAACAUUUAUAAAAAAUGAAAAUGUAUCAUAAUUCAUUCGUAUGAUAUUUUCAUUUUACAUAUAUAUGAUUGAAUGAGAGAGCAGGAAGAGAGUUAAAUUUAUGAGUAUUAUGUUGUUAAGA